CGAGGGCAAAUUUUUCCAAGGUCCACGACCACUUCAUCUAACCAACUACGAAGCCGUUUUCCAGAUCUACAAUGGAGUUGGACCCCCCGAUGCCGAUGGCCCCGCUGGCCGACGCACAAUCGGCCGUGCCGACGACGCUUUGCUACAACUGCGGGGCUCCGUUAACAGGGACGACGCUGUGCAAUGACUGCAUGAAAUCAUCGGUCGACAUUUCCCAGGGUAUCCAACGCGAGGCGGCCCUCAACUACUGCCGUGACUGCGAGCGUUGGCUCCUCCCCCCCGCCAGCUGGACGGUCGCCGCUCUCGAGUCGCGAGAGCUGCUGGCACUCUGCCUGAAGAAAUUGAAGCGGUUGAAUAAGGUCCGGGUCAUCGAUGCGAGCUUCAUUUGGACCGAGCCCCAUUCUCGACGAAUCAAGGUCAAGAUCACGGUGCAGGAUUCGGUCAACGACGGCGUCAUCCUCCAGCAGAGCUUCGAGGUCACAUAUAUUGUUAUGGCUCAGCAGUGCCCCGACUGCGCCAAGUCGUACACGCAAAACACCUGGCGGGCGAGUGUCCAGGUUCGGCAGAACGUCCUGCACAAGCGCACAUUCCUCUACCUCGAGCAACUUAUCCUCCGCAAGAAUGCGCACCAGGAUACCAUCAACAUCAAGGAGGCCCGGAACGGUAUUGAUUUCUUCUUCGGGCAACGGAAUCACGCAGAGGCUUUCAUCAACUUCCUCAACACGGCGAUUCCCGUCGAGGUCACAAAAUCCCAGCAGAUCAUCUCCGAAGAUAUCCACACUUCGACCAAGUCGUACAAGUUCACGUACUCGGUGAAGAUCGUCCCGAUCUGCAAGGACGACCUCGUCGCGCUGCCGAUUCCGCUGGCCAAGCAACUCGGCAACAUCUCUCCGCUUCUGCUCUGCUCUCGGAUCGGUACCUCGAUCACCUUCCUCGACCCUAGCACGCUACAGGUGGCCGAUCUCAACUCGAAGAUCUACUGGCGCGCACCGUUCACGUCUCUCGCCGAGGCGAAUGACCUGGUGGAAUUUAUUGUUCUCGACAUCGAGCCUACCGGCCAGGCUCACGGAAAAUGGCAUUUGUCAGAGGUGACCGUCGCCCGGGCGACAGAUCUCAGUGGCGACAGCCAGUACUUCACGCGGACACAUCUUGGCAACCUGCUCCACCCCGGUGACUCCGUGCUGGGAUACAUGAUGACGGGGACGAACUUCAACAACUCGGAAUUCGACAAGAUCGAGCAGUCCAAGGCGUACGGGUCGACGAUCCCGGACGUGGUGCUAGUGAAGAAGCACUACCCGAACCGACAGAAGAAGAACCGGCGCAACUGGAAGCUGAAGCGGAUGGCGAAGGAUGAAGGCGAGCUGGUCAAGACGGACUUUGACCAGCGGCGCGUGGAGAACGAGUUCGAGAUGUUCCUGCGGGAUGUGGAAGAAGACGAGGAACUACGCGCCACGCUGGCCCUCUACAAGGAUAACAAGAUCAAGCAGAGCCGCGAUCGGGAUGCCAUGAGCGUGGCGGACACGGAUAUGUCCGAGGGCGACGGGGUUCCCAAGAUCAAUAUGGACGAGUUGCUGGAUGACUUUGACGAUCUCGAUAUUGAUGACGACAUGCAAGAGGAGUAAAGAAGAAAGAAGAAAGAAAUAAAAAGAAGGAUACGGAUAUGGAUAUGGAUAUGGAUACCCCAUGAUAGUUAGUUACCAGUUACCUAUACAUAUUCAGAAUGACUUAUGCAACAACGAGACGAAAAGCAUCUUCAAUGAAUCGGCUU